AUGAUGGAUAAUCAAUCUAAACCAUCAAUUAUUCCGUCAUAUGAGUGGUAUGAAAGAUCGAUAAAUAGAGUAGAAGAUUCAUCAUCGUCUAUAAAUAAUGUAUCAUCGAAAUUAGUGUUUUUUUUUAUAAUUGGUGAAAUGAAAGAUUUGAAAAUUCCACAAAAUACAAGAUUAUUAUUAUCAACAAAACAUUACAUUCUUCCAAUGAUUCAUUUAGAAGAUAAACAAAAAGAAACUAUUAAUUUCCCUUCAAAAAAAGUUAGAAUAAUAUUUGGAUAUUUUAAUAAUAGUAAUAAAGAAGGUGAAAUUACACUUUUUUUAGAUACAGAAUUAGAAAAAUCACAUAAUUUAAAUAUUACCAAUAAACACAUCAACAAUGAUCAACCUUUAAAAGGUUUAUCUAAAAAUUUUAAUUCAUUAUCACUUCUUUUACAAUCACUUCAAAGAAAUUAUAAUGCAUCUCUCUUAACAUUUGAUAAAUCAACAAAUACCACUAUUAAACAACUACCACCACCACUACCUCAACCACAACCACAGCCACAUCAACAACAACCACACAAUAAAAAACAAAUUGAUGAUAUAGAAUUGAAAAAGAAAAAAGAAAUUGAAGAGAUUGAUGAAAUUGAAGAUUUUGAAUCAACCCAACCAUUAGUAGUUGAUGAAGUUGAUGAUAAUUAUGAUGAUAUAGAUAAUAAUAAUAAUAAUAAUAAUAAUAGCAAUAAUGAUGAUGAUAAAUUAGAAGACAUAGAGGAACACAAUGAAGAAGAGGAGGAUCAAAUUCAUUUAUUCACACAUGCUCAUUCUUUAACACAAAAACCUCAAUUACCUAAAAAACAACAACAAAGCUUUGACGAAUUUCAACGAAAAAUUAAAGAUAAUAAAUCACCACAAAAAUUGAAACUCCAACAACAACAACAACAACAACAACAACAGAAACAAUCAAAACACUUUGAUGCAUUUGAAGAGGAGUUACUCGAACAACAAAAAAUACAUGAACAUAAAUUACAGCAACAACAACAAAUUAAACCACAAAAGCAACAACUUCAACAACCACAACAACAACCACAACAACAACCACAACAACAACCACAACAACAACCACAACAACAACCACAACAACAGCCACAACAACAACAGAAGCAGCAACAAAAACAACAACCAACUCCAAAAAAGAUAAUCAACAGUCUUCAAUUAAACAAUGUUAAUAAUAAUAAUAAUAAUAAUAAUAAUAAUAAUAAUAAUAAUAAUAAUAAUAAUAAUAAUAAUAAUAAAAAUAAAAAAGAGAUUAUGCCAGGAUGGCUAGAGAAAGCAAUUUUAUCAAAUUCAUUUCCACUCAAUCCUUGUGGUCAAAUUGUUUCAUUACCAGAAGAUUCACAUAAAAAGAAAAACAUAUCAUUAUAUUUAUCUGAUAAUAUUUGUUAUAUUCAAAUCAUUGUUUCAGAGAAUACAGUUAGAGAGGCCUUAGAAAAUAAAAAAAAUGUAUUUAAUUUUGGUUUUUUAUUUGGAUGUGUUAUUGAAAUUUUAGAUUAUACAAUAAAACCAGAUCAAGAUUUUUCAAAAUUUGUGUUAAAUAUUAAUAAAUUUGUCAUUUUAAAUAAAAAUAAACAUUCACCAAUAUCACCAACUCCAAUUUCAAAACAUCCAAGGGUUAUAUCAUUAUUAAGAAUGUAUGUAUUUAGAAAAUUUAAAACAUUUUAA